CUUUUAAACAAUUCAAUGUAAUUUAAUCACAGUUUAUUUUGGGUUAGCACAGUCCUAUUCGGCCCAAACGCUGUUCAGAAAACAAGCUCUUUAAAAGUUGUUUUUCAUCUCGUAAACAGACCUGACAAAUCAUGAGUUUAAUCUUUUUACACGUCACCAUCAUGUUGUAGUUAUUUCAGCAAACUUUUGAUCCAUUUAAUCCAAUUUAUCAGCUGAUUUCGAGUUCAUACUGCUGUAUUAGUGACGUACCAGCAGUCAUCCAGACCCCUGUUCCUAGAGAAGUAUUUUAUACUAUAUUUUUUACUGUAUUACUGUAUUAGUACUGUACUUAGUACAAUUUUGAUGAAGUUGUACUCUACUUGAGUAUUCUCAUUUUAUGUAACUUUGUACUUUUACUUCACUACAUUUUGAGGCAAAUAUUGUACUUUUUAUUCCACUACAUUUAGCUGACAGCUUUAGUUACUUUUCAAGUCGAGAUUUAACAUAACCUCGUAACAGUAUAUUAAUAAGAUUAAUCCUACAUAGAAAAUGAAAACGCUGCUUUAAUCAAUGCAUCAAUAAUAAUAAUCCAAUAAUAGAUUUGGAAUAUAUAUAUAUAUAUAACAGUCUGAGUGGAUCCAUUCUGCAUAAUGAGUACUUUUACUUUUGAUACUUUAAGUACAUUUUGAAGCUGAUACUUUUGUACUUUUACUUCAGUAAGUUUUGAAUGCAGGACUUUUACUUGUAGUGGAGUCAUUUAACAGUGUGGUAUUAGUACUUUUACUUAAGUAAAGGAUCUGAAUACUUUUUCCACCACUGAUAUGCGGUAUAUCCCAACCUCAGGCUGACAUAUGACUGUCAGAUGUGUCAUAAUGUCACAAUAUUGUUUGAAUAACUAGGCAAGCAUAAGGGAAAAAAUAUAGUAAUAAAUGGGUGGUUUCACCAAACUUUAUUCUCAACAAUGUCAAGAAUACAGCACAGGGUAGCUCCAAAGUUAUGAAUAAAAAAAUAAACUGUAAAGUUAAAGAGAAAAUUUAUAAGACAGAAUUUUGAAUAAAAUCUUCAAAAUGUAAAAGAAAGUAGCGAUCUAACACACUCAGCACGAGCAGUAAUACCCUGUGACUUGAGCCUAUGUCACAUGCAUGACGGUUUUACUGCUGCAAAAGGCCGCAAUGUUCACAAUGCUUUACCAGUCUUAUGCUUGUUCUCUGUUGAUAAUCCGUGGAUGUGUGGUCAUCGGAAUUCAAAGCAAUCUAUUCAAAGUUUCUUAUUGAACCGCAUUUUCACAGAUUCAUGGGUAAGUAAUCUCAGCAGCCACAUACAGUAAAACGAAAUAAUCCCAAAAUCAAUGCAGCCAUGGUGGAUUGGAUACAGAGUGUGUAAUCAGAGCUACUGUUGGAGAGGAGAUGUGUUGUCCUCGGGGCAAAACAAUGCUAAGGACAAGAGAUGGAGCAGCUCACAUGAUUAUGUUGUGACUGUCUUCUGAGGCUGUGGGGGUGCGACUAUGUGUGUUUUUUGAAUCGAUGAGAGAACUGCUCUCAUUGUCCUCCAUGUAAGACUGCUGAGAAGCACCAGUCCUUGGGCUGCCAUCUGCCUGAGCGUCUCCACCCGGACAAGCUCUGGCUAUCGAUCAGGAGGACGAGUCGUGGCCGGGCCCUGAAAAUGGGAAGCUGAAAAUUAGGUAGAGUUUGGGGAUCAUUGACUUUUACAACUUUUUUGAACUCUUUCUGAUUAUUACAAGUCAUUCUAGUGGAGCCUCUAGCUGCCUUGUGCUUUUUUUUGUUUUUGAAACACAGGCUGAGAGUAAGGGUCCCCUCUUUAAAGAACCACUUCAGAGCAUCUACAGGGGCAGAGGAAUCGUGGAGUUAAAAGCAAACUAGACCCACCACUGGAAUCAGCUUUGCUGUUCCUUGAAGAACAAAGGACGCUUCUUUGCCAUUCAAAGAACUAAAACCUGAUUCACAUCUGGAUUAUCAGCCAUUGUGAACACCUACUCCCUGUUGACUCCAGAUGGGUUCAGUCUUGAGGAAGCUCUGCUGCUGCUGCUGCCCUGCUGCCGAUGAUGCCGACGAUGAUGAUGAAAAGCAGCCUUUAGUACCUCAGGACCCACUGGAGUAUUUUAACCGUGAAGUCCAGAAGCGCCGCGAUGAGGAGACCAACCUGUGGAGUGAGCCCGGGGACCCCAGCCACUCGGAGAGAGCUGACGACCGAGUGCUUUACAGCCUGCUGCAGGCCAGGAACAAGACCCGCAUGGGAUCCACGGGCUAUCGUCGACUAAGUGUUGACAUUGAGGCUAUGAGAGAUACCCGUCGAGAAGUCAGAGAAAAAUGGAAGACGAUCCUGGAGAACUUAGGUUUCAUGGCAGAGGCAGACUCGCUGCUGACGGUGUCAGCUGGAGCCUCAAAUGACCGUAUGCGUAACGCCCCAGCAGCACGAGCCCUGCUUCAUACCCUGCACACUGAGACAUCCAUCUUUUGCACCAAAGAGCCACCACCAGAAAGAUAUCUACUAAUCCUGGAUCGUCUCUUGUAUUUAGAUAUAGCUGAAGAUUUUCUAGCAAAGGCAAGGCGCUUCUAUCCUCCAAAGGAGGACUCUGAUGAGGAGGUGGGGGGCCUCAACAUAAACCUGCCGCUGCUGUUGGCCAGGAUGGAGGCCAUGAACGGAAGAGGCAAUGAUGAGGAGGAGAGCGAUGGAAAUGCGAGUGACAGAUCUUAAGAUCUACUGGCUGCAAUAAUAAUACACACAAGGCAGGGGGCAGUAGUCAUCAACCCUGGAGACCUGGGCGACAGAAAUGCAUAGCUCUUACCUUCAAGUGUCUGUUGCUGCUUCUUGGAAGUUUUAGGCUCUGAACAAUUUAUCCUUUCUCCCCCCUAACUGCACCACUUGUGUCUCAUUCUCCGGUCAAAAUCUAAAAGGGCUUUGCAGGUUUUCUGGUAAAUGUUACAGUGGUGUUUAAUGUCUGUGUCUCUUUUUUUCUGUCUACCACAGAGUUUUAUCAAGUUCUUAGCCUGUUCAUUGUUCAGCUGCUGUGAACCUUCAGGGUAGUGAUGUUCCUGUGAGCAGAGCCUCUUUAUGUUUUGUCCUAUGACCAUCAGCACACAUUUCAUUUUAUCACAUGAUCGGUAACAACACUGAAUAAAUAGCCCAGUAAUCUGAUGUCAGUUUCAUAAGAAUGUGUGUUUAUAUAAUUGGUACUUUUAACUUUCAAAGUCUGCAAUUAGUUUCAAACAUUUAGGAUCAUAGCAGAUGGAAAAACGAUGUGGUUAGUCCAGUAUGUUGAGCCUUUUAAAUGGGGAGUGUAUGUGACUUUUAGGUGAUGCAUGAGGAUGUUUUUAUUGCCUCCAGUAAUUUACAGUAAAUGUGAAAGAUUUCUAAGCUCAUGUGGAAGUUUGUGUCCAGUUUAUGAUGAAAUAA